AUGAUUUCUGGCUGUGUGGAAUUCGCUGUGAAGGACAUAGACUUGCUAAAGGAGCUGCACAAUGAACUCUCAAGGCACGAGAACGCCAGGGCGAAAUACAAAGCCGUCUAUCAGCGGCCGGAUGCAGACAUGUACUUCUCGAUUGCACUGACCACAGUGCUACCAAAUAAUAAGGGUGGUCAAUCCUUCGCCAAAACUCAUCCUUACGGCCGCUCCAACAACAAUGCAGUGCCAUAUCCAAGGUUCCCUAAUCAAAACAUCAUGAUUUAUUUCCUGUCGACUCCUCCGGAUCGUACUCCCAGCCCACGCAAGCGCAUCGCUAAUACUAUCAGCGGGAAGAGUGAAUUUAGCGCAGCCAUCCAGCAAACAAGCUCACACUUCUACCACUGGUAUCAAUGCGCCACCGAAAGGUACAAGAAUUCUGGUAUUGUGGGGGGGAGCCGCACCUGUGACCUUGCAUACCGCAAGUACAAAUUCUCAGGCUGA